ACACGGGCAGAUGUAAAGAAGCAAAGCAGGACAACUCUCUACAGAAGACUCUGCGGGGCAUGAUGUUGCCGUCCAAAGGCAGCCUGUUCCUCCUGACUGGAGUCUCCAUCCUGCACCUGUCCUCCCUCCAACCCACUAGAGACGGUUCAGAGCUGGACACCACACUUGGACCUAUUUCUGGGGAUGGAAAGGACGCCAUCACUCUGCGUCCACACAAAAUGGAUGAUAAAGAGGAAGAUGAUGUCCUUUUUGGAGACAUCGAACCGCAACAACUAGCAAACAUUUUAGUGAAAGCUUUAAGAGACAAGAAUAAGUUUCGGCCUGAGGAUAGUUUAGAAAAUGAGGAGGUAGAAGACAGAAGACAACCGGACGAGAUAAUGGACGUUAAGAGACAAGAGAGUGUGAAGGAUGCACCUAUCGAGGAUAUAACUAGUCGCACAAUUUUUAAGACUUUGAAGGAGCAAACAAAACUGCCUUCCGAGUUUGCUGAAGUAGAAGAACCAAAAUCCGAAACCCUACGCCAAGAUGAAGAGGAACAGUUGACCGCCGAGGAACUCCAUAGUCUAGAGACCAUGAUGAAGGAGUUCCCUCGCGUGGGGAUGUUUGAGAAGAGAGACGAUUCCAGCAGUUUUAAUGAGGUUCUACCAGCGAACAAGAAGCUGGAGCAGAAGAUGAAGUGGCGGGAGGAAACGCAGAAGGCUUUAAACAUUCCAUCCUUUAGCUUCAUGGAUGAGUUGGAGAAGAUGAAGUCUUUCAUGGAUGACGUCAACACAGUCAAACCCCAGCAAGAAGCUACUGAAGAGAUGCAACCAGAUGAGGAGGAGAGCCAAGAGGAGACUGAUGAGGAGAACUUGAGUCCCGAAGAGGAAGAAGCCCGAGCCAAAGCUGAGCAGGACGAGAUGAGACGGCAGGCUGCUGAGGCACAGAGGGCUCGCCUUGAGGAGAAGAAACUGGCUGACAUCGCUUCAGACAUGCUCCUGCGCUACAUGGGCAAAGAGCGCACAGGCCCUAGGCAGAGGUACAAGCAACCACUGUCCGACACCCCUGAGGACAAGCGCUCUGAUGAACAAGCUCAAGACCUGGACCCUCAGACCAUUGACAAGCUCAUUGAGAUUUCCAGCAAGCUCCACCUGCCAGCAGACGACGUGGUCGACAUCAUCAGCGACGUCGAGGAAAAGAAAAAACGGAAAGAUGUACUGCCUCCUGAGAUAUCCUCAAGGUAUCCCUCCAACACGGAAACCGAUCAACCAUUCUCCAGUAAUCUCCGAAGCUGGUUUUACCCCAAAACACCACCUUCACAAGAUCUUUGGAGCAAGCCCAGAAAGUUUCAACCUGGACUUUGGUCGCAAAAAACUCCAGAAGGUUGGCACAAACCUCUAGCCUACCCUGUCCCUUACUAUCGCAGGUAUCCGCUGGCAUACUACCCAAUCCCUGUUGUGUCACCACCUAGGCCUCAACCAUGGUACUACAACCCUUACUCAUUCAAUCGCUUCUUGACAAAUCCAGUUAGCUCCUACACUUCCAAUGCAUGGACUAACCCCAGUCCCGGAUGGCGUAUGCUCAGAAAACCUGUGCCAUAUUACACUAAUGCUGCCCCCUUGGUGAACCCGUGGCGAUUUAAGAUCAAAGCUCCCCCAAGUCGGUCGGUGGUGCGGCAAAACCAGUGGUUAGCCUCCGCUCCGGCACAGUUAAAAGAUGCUAACUCCAAAAAGACAUUAAGCGACUUUAGCAACAGAAGAGAGGGUCUGGAGAGAUACCUACAGCAGUUUGUCCAGAAAAAGGCACAUUCGUUAGACUAAGGACAGUCUCAGACCUCAACUGUGCACGAUCACCUCUGUUUUUUCCAUAGACUUUUUGAAUAAUGUGUAUAUUAAGAAUGCAAAUCAGCUAUGGAAUAACAAAUGACCAUAAACAUAAUUUUGAUAAAAAGGUCACAUAUUAUGCAAAUGAACUUUUGUCAUAAUGUUUCUUCCUUACCAAAAAACAUACUUACUAAACAUACUAAAGAUUGUGGCGGGGGAGUCUGACAUCUCCAUGGAGUUAUAGUUUUGCCUGGAAUGUUCGACAGUAUGACAUUUAACUUCUCUAACUUGUACUUAUUUCAAUUUGAGAUUUUGUUUUUAAAAAGUUUAACGGCAAGUUUAAUGUGGUGCUGUAUAACAUUCUAGGCAAAGCAAUAAUACUGCCAUAGAUGAUGUCCUCCACCAAAAAAGUUACAUUAUCCACCUUUAAGUACUAUUUAGUUUCAUUCACAUGUUUCUCUUCUUUCUUGGAUUGAUUUUGUCAUCAUUUGAAACUAGGGAGUACUCCUCCCUGUUUUAAAGUCCAUCCACAUUCAUUGGAUCAUUUCAGCAGAACUGCCUUCAGUACCAAACAUAUCUGUUUGUGUUGUGUUUCUAGUGCCAGAUUUACCAUGCUUGCCUUUUCAACAUAAAUCAUGCUAACACUUGGAGUGUUACCAACAGAUGGAGUCAAUUAAUGAGUGAACUUUAAACGUGGAGUCCGUUACCUUGCACAUAGAGCGUCUGCCACCACGCUUUAAGUUCCAAAACAAAAAGCAUAAUAUGUUGCCUUUGAAUUAUGUUUCAAUGCUGAUUCGCCUCAUUUUCUGCAGCUCUCAUUCAAAGAAAAUGCUCUUCGCUUUGGAAAGAAGUGGCACUACAUUGUAUUAUAUUUUUAUAGCUACAUGCAUUUUGAAGAUAACUUUCAAAGGGCCUGCACCUGAUUUUGUUGUUGUUGUUUUUUUCAUUCAUUUGAGAAAUUUUGUCUUGCCCUAGUACAGAUACAUUUUAUAAGCAGAUCUUGAGAUCAUAAUAUAGCCACUGUAUACUGUCUGCAACUAAUUCAAAGUAUUAAACAGAAAGUAUAUGGUUAGCAUGCUAGUUGUUGUUAGCUUUUCUGUAAUAAUUGUUAGCUUUUCAGUGAAUAAUUAAAAAGCUUGGAAUGCAAGUAAAUGAGGAUUAACUUUGGACCACUGCAAACUGUUUAAAAUGAAAGUUCUGUUUUUCAUGUUUUUAAGACAGUAAAAAUCAGGUACAGUGCCUUUAAUGUCAUCUGUUUCUCCAUUUUGUUUUUUAGAUUUCAUAUAAUUGUAAAAAAGUGGACAGAAUGUUGAUUUGUUGUUUUUGUGAAUAAUGAGGAUUGCGUGAUAACCAACUGUUGCAUAGACAAUCUGCCUUUAUACCGGGAACCCAUUUAAAGGCAGGACCAGCGAGUGCCUCUGUGAUGUGCAUGCUUGUGUACAAACAGGACAAAAAAAAAAAAAAACUUUUGAAAAUGCAUUGAAUAAAAAGUAUAAAAAAUGAACUAGAACUGAAACAAUUGUGCAACAAUUGGUGUCUACUGUUGUGUACGUGUGUCACAAUAAAACUGGAUAUUCGCUGGUUUUAUG